AUGAACGCUACAGGGAACAAUUGGUACUAUGAAUCAUGGUCUUUGAUCCUUUAUGAAAGUAGAUUGCGUUUAUUUUUUGAUGAAAAGCUAGUUAAAAGCUGGCCUCUUGACCCAUUAACUAAGCUCUGCUGCCGGUUUCAGGAUACUGAUCUACUAAUGGUGAUAUUUAACGACGGCAAAUUCAGUUUGGUAACGUUUGACUUGGAUAGUAAGACUUUUAAGAACGCUGACAUUGUGUCAGUGGAUUAUAAGGUAUCUAAGUUUGAGGUUAUGUGGGAGAGGGGUAUUAUUUUGGUCGCAGAUGGGAUCAGCGGCUGUUUGUAUUGCAUAGACACCCACAGAAGAAAGAAUCUCGGCUAUAUCCAGACGAAUAUGAUAGGAUGCAAUGACAUAUACCCAGUUGAUGAGCACAGCUUUCAAGUCUUUGUGAGUAAAUUUGACAAACACACCAUGACCAAUGCACUUUAUUUGAAUACUUAUGUAUUACAAGCCAAUGCUGAAGAUAGUAUUGGGCUUGGGAACUCAAUUGUGCUAAACAAUAGUUUAGAUAAACAUUGGAUUAUUAGGAAGGGUGAUGCCUUUGGGAUAAUUUCGUGUAGCCCGCUUGUUAACGAAAGUAUGAUAGAACUGUAUGUGGACCACAGCACCGCGCCGUUUAUUUCGCAGCACUUUCCAAAUAUGACCAUAAACGCAGCACAGUUUCUCGACGAUGCAUGGAGUUUAGUGCUGGUUACAAACUCGAUAGCAAUAUCUCUUUACAGACCGCUGGACCUGGCGAUAGUGGACACUGUGGAGCUAAAAGACUAUGGACGAAAACCAGUCAGAGUGCGGAAAUCUGGCGAAGGGGUCAUCGACGAAACAUUACUUCAGGUAAACGAAAUUGCGUACGAAUGGGAUGGCAGUAUUGAAGGUCCGGAUUCAAUGCGAGUAGUUGUGCCUGAAAAAGGCACCAUCAACAACACCGAGAACCAUAAGACAGAGGAAGAAUCUAGCGGAAUAACGUUAUUGACAGCUCAGAAGCAGCAGAUCUGUGCAUUGUUUGCAGGUCGCGCGAAUACUAUUUUCAAGUUUGACCUGCUAGAAGGUCCAUCUGAACAAUUACGUGAUGUGUUUUUAUGUAUAUCCCUCCCGGAGAAUAUCAUUGGACUAGCUCCGAAACGGUUAUGUUUCACAGAUUCCGAUCGCUGCUAUUCUAUCAAGUAA